UAAUGGCACCAUCUUUGCCUACGGUCAGACAGGAAGUGGGAAAACCUUCACCAUCACAGGAGGAGCUGAGCGUUACAGCGAUCGAGGGAUUAUCCCCCGCACGCUGUCGUACCUGUUCGACUGCUUCAGCCAGGACAGCAGUAUGAUUUACACCACCAACAUCUCCUACCUGGAGAUCUACAACGAGCUGGGAUAUGAUCUCCUGGACUCCAGACGUGAAGCUUCUCGACUGGAAGACUUACCGAGGGUCUCCAUCAUGGAGGACGCAGACCAGAACAUCCAUCUCAGGAACCUGUCUCUGCAGCAGGCGGGAAACGAGGAAGAGGCCCUGAACCUGCUCUUCCUCGGAGACACCAACCGUAUGAUUGCAGAGACUCCCAUGAACCAGGCCUCCACUCGAUCGCACUGUGUUUUCACCAUGCACCUGUGCAGACGGGAACCCGGUUCAGCCACCGUGCGGCGCUCUAAGCUGCACCUGGUGGAUCUGGCUGGUUCAGACCGGGUCAGCAAGACCGGCCUGUACGGGCAGCAGCUGACGGAGGCCAAGUACAUCAACCUGUCCCUGCACUACCUGGAGCAGGUGAUCAUUGCCUUGUCAGAGAAGAACCGCUCCCACAUUCCCUACAGGAACUCCAUGUUAACAUCCGUGCUCAGGGACAGUCUGGGGGGCAACUGCAUGACCACCAUGAUCGCCACCAUGGCGAUAGACAAGAGGAACGUCGACGAGUCCAUCUCCACGUGUCGCUUUGCUCAACGCGUGGCUCUCAUUAAGAACGAGGCCGUAUUGAAUGAGGAACUGGAUCCUGCUCUGCUAAUCGCUAACCUGAAGAGGGAGAUCCAGGCUCUGAGGGAAGAGCUGGCCAUGGUGACGGGAGAACAGAGGAGUGAGCAGCUGACCCUGGAGGAGAUCCACAGGUUAGAAGAAUGUGUCAAAGCCUUUCUGGACGACCCUGAUCCAGCUGUGACACUGUUACUGGGUCCAGACAUGAGAAGAAUCCAGUUCUGUUUCUCUCUGUUUAAGAAAAUGGUUCUGAACCAACGAGGAGCAGCUGAUGAACACGGCGACAGGAAGCAGUCGGCAGCGGGAACCGCAGAUGAAAAUGGAAUUCAAGACAACCAUCACAGUGCGGAGCAAGUCAUCACUCUGAAGGAGACGCUGAGUCAGCGGGACAAUGAAAUCAGUGUCUUAGUGAAGAUGCUGAAGAAGGAGAAGAAGAAGGUCCAGGACGCUGCUGCCCGGCUGGUUGACCUCACUGGCCAAAGGUCAACCGUCCAGGUUGACCCUCCAACAGCCUCUACAGAACCACCGACGGACGACGCAACCGAUGUGGUCUCCACCACCAACGGAGGACGAGCCGUUCAGUACAUGAAACGAGGUCCACAGCUGUCCAUGGGUCAACAGGAGGCCUUUGAGACCUUCAUGAAGGACCAUGAUGACCAUCUGACCAUCGAUGACAACAAGAACCUCCUGAAACAGAGGUCAGCUGAGGCCAAAGGACUGGGGUCCAGACUGAGUGAGUCCAGAACCAGAAUCAAUGAACUGAAGAAGCAGCUGGAAACCAGGAGGAGACAGAGAGCGGCUCAAGGUGUGACGGGGAGCCCCCCAGAGGCUGAGGAGGGGGAGGACGCCCUGGAGGAAACCCUGUGCAGACAGAUCACACAGGAGAAACAAUCAUACAAGAGCGUCGUUGGCCGUUUGAAGGCCCUCAGGACAGAGAUUGAGCAUCUCCAGCUGUUGUUGGAGAAGACCAAGGUGAAGAUCCAGAGGGACUUCAGGCAGUGGUGGAGCCACUGGGGGGCGCCGCAUGUGGAGGAACCAAAGUCUGAGGCCACAGCUGCUCGUCAUCACACCGUGUCACCACCGGGGGCGUUAGAGCCGUGUUCGCCCAUCACUCCAGGAAUAAAGUCCCUGUCCAGUACCAGACUGACCCCCUCCUCCAUCCCACUGACUGGAGACCAGCAGACUGACGCUGACAUCAUGGCCUUCAUCAGAGCCAGACAGAACCUCCUCCACAGAACAGCCUCUCCUCAGCCGUGAACAACCGUCCGACCGUCAGGGUCACGUGACCGCGUGGUCCCGGUGGAUUCAACAAAACUGUUGAGUCUCAUCAGGAAGAGACGGAUCCAACACGUGGCACACUGCUGUGUUUAUUCCUGACACACACACACACACACACACACACACACACACUCCGACUGAAGAUGAUUCCAUCGACGCAUGAAUCACAGGCUGUUUGACUUGAACAAAUGUUGUCUUUAGAUAUGAGAGGACGGAGCCGACCAGGGGGAACCAUCUGCUCUAAUGAAACACUACCCUCUGGACACACACACACACACACACACACACACUUCAUUAAAAAACAACAAAGCCAUUUUUGUACAAUGAUGUAAA